GCUGCCGGACAGAGUGGCCCACAGAGCCGCCCAGGGAGGUCGUCCAGGCUUACUCUGUGCCAGCUCUGCCUCAAGCCGCCAGCAUAGGCCAAGGCCCAGGGCGUGCGCUGGCCGCCGUCAUGCCCGCCGCGUCUCCCACGGGGCCCUGGGCCCCCGCGGCCCCCAACGCCACGGCGGCGGCGGCGGCGGCGGCGGCCAACGUCAGCGUGCCCGAGGUGCCCCUGUUCCACCUGUUCGCCCUGCUGGACGAGGAGCUGCACGCCGCCUUCCCGGGCCUGUGGCUGGCACUGAUCGCGGUGCACGGAGUCAUCUUCCUGGCGGGGCUGGUGCUGAACGGACUAGCGCUGUACGUCUUCUGCUGCCGCACGCAGGCCAAGACGCCCUCGGUCGUCUACACCAUCAACCUGGUGGUGACCGACCUGCUGGUGGGGCUGUCCCUGCCCACGCGCUUCGCCGUCUUCUACGGCGCGCGCGGCUGCCUGCGCUGCGCCCUCCCGCACGUCUUCGGCUACUUCCUCAACAUGCACUGCUCCAUCCUGUUCCUCACCUGCAUCUGCGUCGACCGCUACCUGGCCAUCGUGCAGCCCGACGGCUCCCGCCGCUGGCGCCAGCCUGCCUGCGCCAGGGCCGUGUGCGCCUUCGUGUGGCUGGCGGCCGGCGCCGUGACCCUGUCCGUGCUGGGCGUGAGAGCCGGCGGCGGGCCUUGCUGCCGCGUCUUCGCGCUGACCGUCCUGGAGUUCCUGCUGCCCCUGCUGGUCAUCAGCGUGUUCACGGGCCGCAUCGUGUGCGCGCUGUCGCGGCCGGGCCUCCUGCGCCAGGGCCGCCAGCGCCGCGUGCGGGCCAUGCAGCUGCUGCUGACCGUGCUCGUCAUCUUCCUCGUCUGCUUCACGCCCUUCCACGCCCGCCAGGUGGCCGUGGCGCUGUGGCCCGAGCUGCCGAGCCAUGCCAGCCUCGUGGCCUACCACGUGGCCGUGACCCUCAGCAGCCUCAACAGCUGCAUGGACCCCAUCGUCUACUGCUUUGUCACCAGCGGCUUCCAGGCCACCGUCCGAGGCCUCUUCCGCCGGCGCGGGGCGGAGCGCGAGCCCCACGGCAGCACCGUGGUCGGCAUGCAGAGGAGCUCGCGAGCCUCGGGCCGCAAGCACAUCCCGGACCCCGGCCCCGGCGCCUUCACCCAGGACCUGGCUAACGGGCCAGAGGCUUAGUGGGCAGGACUCUGCAAGGGGACCGAAGGC